AUGUCGUCUGGCGAUGAUGUUCCUCAAGACACCCUCACCAACCGCAAGAGAGCCUCUGCCGCCGAGCACGAAGCCCCAACACCCAAACGCCAUCGAUCCAACGCCGUCGAACAGCUCCUCGAGACAAUGAGAUUCCAAACCCAACAGAUCGAAAAGGCCACAGACAUCUGGGUGCGCCUCAAGGGCGGCGAAACCAAACUAGGCGACGCCAACACAAACUUUCUCAGUAUCGUUAAGUCUGCGAUGUACGGUGGGAGACUAGCCAUGAAACUGGUGGAACAGCAAGAGCAAAUCGAAGAACGAAUGCGCAACAUAGAAGCCACCCUCACCGACAAGCAAAACGUAAACUUCGACAUUCUUCAAGACGACAUCGAAGGAGAUAUCUACGACACAGCCACCGAAGCCGUCGAAAACCUAUUUGCCUCUGAAAGAUUCGCAGAAGCUAUUAGCGACGCCGUUGGACGGGAUCCAGAAAUUGUUUGCGAUGAAGAGUUGAUCGAGAUGAAGAAGUUUGUUCGUCGUCAGAUGAAGGUUGCUAAAGAUGCUCCAGAGUCUUCGCAGGAUGUCAUUCGUGAGCAUGAGGCUGAGAUUGGCUUUGAGGGUGCGGUGCAUUAG